CUUUGUCGUCUCUCUCGUCUCCGUCCACCAUCGACGUUCCUUUGCAUUUGACUCUCACCUCCCCAACACACUCUCUCCUAAUCUCUCUCACUCUUAUCUUGGGAAUCCAUUUCCUCUCUCCCUCUCUCUCUUCGUCUGUACUUUCUCUCCCUAAUAUCCUUGAUCUUUUUUUAUUUUUGUUCUCUCUGCGUGGUCUGUCUGAGCGGUUCUAUGUUUCCUCUUAUUUCAGAGAGAAGAAGUGUCUCUUCCUUGUUCAGUAAUCCCCAAACGAGGAAUCAAAACCCAGUGAGACUUUAAAAGAGAGAGUACGAAGCCCACCAGAAAAAGACACAGCUAACACAGAACGCUUCUCUGUUUUUUCUGUAUAGUCGUCGCCUUCCCACAUCGUCUUUAGCAACCCCCCAUCAGCGAAGACACAGGAAUACAUCUUCUUCUCCGGUAUUAUGAGCAAUCAACGGGGUGUUUUUCCCAGGAUCAUUGUGGGGUUUUAAAGGCCUUCUUGUUCUGGGUUUUGAAUCAUUUUGGUGUUUGUGGGGGGUGAGAGAAUAUAGCUCCAUGGCUGGUGAUAAUGAAGUCAACCUCAAUGAAUCCAGGGACCCUUUCUUUCCGAAACCUUGAUUUUUCAGCUCAUAGCUCCGAUCCUUUUCUGGUUAAUUAUAUGAGGGUCGUUCCGUUAAACACAUGGGUCCUCAUCUCCAAUUUCAAGCUAGCUUACAAUCUCCUUCGCCGGCCUGAUGGAACUUUCAACAGAGAGUUGGCAGAGUUCCUUGAACGUAAAGUCGCAGCCAAUACAAAUCCGGUUGAUGGGGUUUUCUCAUUUGACCAUGUUGAUCGAGCCACUGGACUUCUUAAUCGGGUUUACCAACCGGCGCCCGAAAAUGAGGCUCAAUGGGGUAUUUUGAACCUAGAAAAGCCCUUGAGCACCACAAAGAUCGUCCCGGUUAUAUUAUUUUUCCAUGGUGGAAGCUUCACACACUCCUCAGCCAAUAGUGCUAUCUAUGACACUUUCUGUCGUCGCCUUGUAAGCAAUUGCAAAGCUGUUGUAGUCUCUGUAAAUUACCGUCGAUCGCCUGAACAUAGGUAUCCAUGUGCAUAUGAUGAUGGCUGGGCUGCUCUCAAAUGGGUUGUAACAAGAACAUGGCUUCAAAGUGGGAAGGAUUCAAAAGUUUAUGUAUAUCUGGCUGGAGAUAGUUCUGGAGGAAAUAUUGCUCACCAUGUUGCAGUAAGAGCAGCUGAAGCAGAUGUAGAGGUGCUGGGAAAUAUCCUUCUUCACCCAAUGUUUGGUGGGCAGGAGAGAACCGAAUCGGAGAGGAGAUUGGACGGUAAAUACUUUGUUACAAUUCAAGACCGUGAUUGGUAUUGGAGAGCCUAUCUCCCUGAGGGAGAAGACAGAGACCACCCAGCAUGCAAUAUAUUUGGUCCCAGGGGUAAAAGCCUGAAAGGGGUCAACUUCCCCAAAAGUCUUGUUGUUGUGGCUGGUUUUGAUCUUGUUCAGGAUUGGCAACUGGCUUAUGUUGAAGGACUCGAGAAAUCUGGUCGUGAAGUUAAACUCCUUUAUCUGGAGCAGGCCACGAUAGGGUUCUACUUCUUGCCGAAUAAUGACCACUUUCAUUGUCUCAUGAAGGAGAUAAAGGAAUUCGUGAAUUCUAACUGUUAAUAGACUACUUGACUUUACCUACCGGCAGACACACAUAACAAAAGUUUGACAUUUCAUCAACUCGGGUUUUUUUUUUUACUCCCUUUCACAGUAAUGGUGUGUAGAUGUAAGUUUGUGUAGUAUUAAUUCUUACUAUGUCACACUUGUUGGUGGUCAUUGAGGGUUCUGCAAAUUUAGGGACUGGUUUGUGGUUCUUGGACUCAGGAUUAAUACAACUUCGAGCUGCAUAUAGAUAUGCCUGCCUGAGCUAGGCUUAGCUUUGGCAACUCAGAAGCAUCGGAUCAGGACUCAUCGGCCAGUUUGGCAGGACCAUCGGUUUAUAUAGAAGAAGGUUACCCUGGUUAACUUCUUUUGGCAAGAGAGAAGUGUUGGGGGUGAUUCUUGAUUGUUGAUUUAGUCUGUUUAGCAUAUUAAUAUUCAUAUAAGCACUAAUUUCAGAACGUGAAAUGGAAUGUCUCCAUGGUGUUCUGAACUUGUAUGUUAUACGUUGUGUUCUAGAGUUAAUAUAUAAAGAUUUCUGUUUCCAACA